CUGAAACCCAUCUUGACAUCCUCUGUCCAGUGUAGUAAAUUCUGUGAAGAGUUUUGAAAUGGAUUAGCUGCAAAUUUGGACUUUUUGUCAGUUAUAAGUACAUUUUUUGAAAGCUGUCCUAGUUCAACUUUUAAAAAUGUCACUGAACUGGAAGGUUUCUCUUCUCUGCAGCAGUGCUCUUGUUGUCUGUGUAAAGGAAGUGCCUUUUGUCUAGUUCUAGGGGAUUAAAGAAGUAAAUAAUGACUUUAUAAAAAUUAUUUGGAAAUGACCUGUUAAAGUAAAAGUUAAAUGAAAUAAAUAAGGAAUAUUAGAAUAUAAAAUAUGAAAAACAAAAACCCUAACACCAAACAGCUCUUAUGAAAUAUUUUUAUUUCUGGGUGUGGCUUUAACGGGAAGUUUUUCAUGUUGGGUUCUGCUUUCAUUUCUUUCACUCUAACUCAGCCGUAGAGGACAGCAGUUAGACUGGCUCCUUUCCAGCAGAGAAGAUGAACCUAACCAAUUGUUCUUACAACUAUGAAAACAUUGAAAAUAAGAUGCUGCCUGCUCUUUACACCAUCACAUUCAUCGUUGGUUUUAUGGGUAAUGCAUGGGGGCUGAAGCUGUUGCUGCAGAAAUGGCAGAAACUGAGAACCAUAAACGUUUUUGUCCUCAACCUCGGACUUGCCAACGUCUUGUACCUGUUCACCCUUCCUUUUUUGAUGGUGUACUACUUCAGCGGAAGGAAAUGGGUUUUUGGGGACGCUUUCUGCAAGAUGACAAGAUUCUGCUUCAACGUGAACUUGUACUGCAGCAUCGGGUUCCUCACCUGUAUUAGUGUGUACAGGUACCUGGCCAUCGUCCAUCCUCUGAGAAUGAUGGGAAGACUAACUGUGACUCGUUCUGUGCUGAUCUCAGUCCUUGUUUGGCUUUUGGUGAUUGUUCAAAGUAUGCCAGACAUCUUUUUUCCAAAAUCAGUCAAUGGCACAGAAAAGUGCUUCCACUCUACAAGCCAUGAAAAGACUGAGGAUUACCUAACAUACAGCCUUGUGUGGACAACCACUGGAUUUUGUAUCCCAUUACUCGUCACUCUGGGCUGCUACGGACAUGUGACUUUUGUUCUUUGUCGCAGGAACACUAUAGAGAAGACACUGAGACAAAAGUGUGUGAAAUUUCUUUUCAUUUUGAUUCUUCUUUUCUCCGUCUGUUAUAUUCCUUAUCACGUCUUUAGGAACCUAAGUCUCUUUUCUAGAAUUCAGAGCAAACAGAAUAUCUGUGUUUGGUGGGAUAAACAUGUUUUUACAGGUCAUCAGAUCAGUCGGGGGCUUGUGUGUCUGAACAGUGCUCUCAAUCCUCUGGUUUAUCUUCAGAUGAGUGAAAAUAUUCUCACUCACAUCCGACAGCUCCCACAACAAGUUUGUAAGAUUUUCCAUUAUAUGUUUGUGUGCAGCAGGAACAGAGUUGCUGUGUCACAAAGUGAAAAUAUUUAGAAUUUCUUUCGGGUUCGGAAACUCCUGAAA